AUGAGCACAAGUGUCAAGAUCAAUGCUGAUCUUACAGGCAAGCAAGUUGAUCCUACUCUCUACAGAAGUAUGAUUGGGAGUCUUCUCUACCUCACAGCUAGCCGACCAGAUAUUGCCUUCAGUGUUGGAGUAUGUGCUCGAUUUCAGACAAAUCCUAAAGAAUCUCAUCUCACUGCAGUCAAGCAUCAUCAGACUCUGAGAAAAAAGAUAUUGGAAGAGUGGAAACGAUCGAUGGAGGGAGAAAGCUCAAACACAAAGAGAGCACGUCCAAACGAUCAUCAUGAUCACCGUUUCCUUGAUAUUGUGCUUUCUUGGUCCCUUGCAGACAUUUACAAUGAAAACCUUUACAAAAACCAGGUAGAAAAUAUUCCACAGUUGUUUGAAUCUGUCCAGCAGUAUUUUGGGUCAUACGUUUACCCCUUACUGGAAGAAACACGUGCACAACUGCAUUCAAGUAUUGAGAUUAUAUCAGAAGCACCCUUCGCUGAAGUAAUUGCAUUUGAUGAAUCUAAGCCAUAUGGAUCAAAUUUGUAUGAUGUUAAGAUUGAUUCCUGGAGAAACAGAUUCGGUGUUCGUGGCAAGGAGCCCUACAAAACGCUGCCUGGAGAUAUAUUUGUUUUAGCAGAUGCUAAACCCGAGCAUGUUUCUGAUUUACAAAGAAUAGGAAGGCAGUGGGCUUUUGUGACGGUCACUAAAAUCCCAGAGGAUGAAAACGAGGAUAAUAGCACAUGUACUAGUUUUAAAGUCAAGGCAUUGAAAGACACUGAAGUCGCUGGGGUCCAUAAAUCAUUGUUUGUGAUUUUCUUGAUAAAUACAAUCACUAACAAGAGAAUAUGGAAUGCGUUGCACAUGUCUGGGAAUCUGGAGAUUAUCAAAACAGCUUUGAGGACUAAUUAUUUGAUUGAAGAAGAUUGUGGUCUCUGUUCUGCUCAGGAAGGUGGGAGCUGGGAUGAGAAGUUUGUGAUCAAUGUUACUUCUAAACUGAAUGAAUCCCAAACCAAGGCAGUUCUGGCAUGUUUUCAUAAGAUGCAUUGCAACCACAAGUCAGCUGUGGAACUUAUAUGGGGUCCACCUGGUACAGGGAAAACAAAAACCACUAGUACACUGCUCUUUACCCUGUUAAGAAUGGGAUGUAGGACUCUUACCUGUGCCCCAACCAAUGCUGCAAUCACACAAGUGGCCUCUCGCACCCUAAAGCUGGUGAAAGAAUCAUUUGAAACAGAAUUUGAAAUUGAUUCUUUGUUUCUCUCACUGGGAGAUAUUCUCUUAUUUGGGAAUAAGGAGCGGCUCAAACUUGGUUCAGACAUUGAAGAGAUACAUUUGGAUUAUCGGGUCAAAAGGCUCACAGAGUGCUUAGGGCCUCUGACCGGUUGGAGGCAUUGUUUUGCUUCAAUGAUUGAUCUUCUUGAAGAUUGUGUUUCUCAGUAUAACAUCUUCUUGGAAAAUGAAUCUUUCAAAGAGAGAGAACUAAACAAUCAAAAUGAAAUCAAAGAGAAAGGAGGUGGGGAUGAAAGCGAUGGUAGCAAGAGGAAGUGCAAAUAA